ACUGAGUACAUCUUUGGAUUGAGGUGCCAACCAUGACGUCAAUCCGAUACAAAUAUUGUUUGAAUUAUUAGUUAAACGAUAUAUUCAAUAAAACAAACUUGAUAUCGCAAAACUGAUGGUUUUAUAAAGAAACAUUUUAAACGCUGUAACAGGAACAUGAAGGCUUUGCUGACAAUCCAACUUUUUUUAAUAGUAAGUUUUAUAAGUAUAUACAAGUCUAAAGUUUUAGCUGAGGACAUAGGGUUUGAUCAUAGUCGAGAUUAUAACCUCAUUGAAGACGAAGGUGCUUGGGAAAAUCUUAUUCAAACAUGGAAAACACGCGCAGUAAAUGAUUUUAAAAACGGCUAUAGAAUAAAGAGGAGCACCUAUGCAGAAACUGAUGUACCGAAAUUAGAAGAAAUUGAAAAAUUUAUUACAACAUUUGAACCUGCCUUUAAAUCAGCACAAAAAACCAUCAAAGAUAUUGUGAAAAGCAGUGCUGUUUUAACUGGUCGUUUAAAAACUGCUUACAGCAUUCAAGGAAAGCUCGAAAAAAGUGGAGGUACUCUCGAGAAAUUAUAUGAUAUAAUUGGACUGAGGCUAACUUGUCAAACAGUAAACGACUCAGUUAUAAUAACCAAGGUUAUUGAAGAAGAUAAAACAAACUUUGAAGUUAUAGAAAAAAAAUGUAACGGAAUGUGCCCUGGUUCUGAAAAAUACAGGGAAGGCGGGUAUAGAAGAAUUCAUCUCAUUCUGCGUUUAAAACCGGAUAACAAAACAGCUGAGUUACAAAUUGGUACACCAUUCACCAACUAUUGGGCGGAUUGGAGUCAUGACUUUAUUUAUAAAGGACCCGAAUUAAUUACAAACCAAACAACAGUGAAGAAUUACUCUUUAUUACUAGCAGAUUAUUUUUUAAAAUUAGAUGAUGAUCGGAACCAUAUGCCAAAAUGUCCGGAAAUAUUAGAAAAAUCAAAUGCACUUGAUAUUUUAAAAAAGACUUUAUCAGAAAAAGACGCAUUGAAAAUGUUCAAUAAAGUUAAUGAACCCUCUAACGCUUGCUAUUGGUGGUACGACAUGCUUCUAGCGUUGCCUGAAAAAGCUUCCGGUAAAUCAGAAACAUCAUACAAAAAUCGCAGAAGUUUAAACCUAAAUCAAUUGCGGCAUGAUUUGGAAACUAAUGGCGGCCAUACAAGAGAAUAUAUUUUAGUUGAUGACAGCUCCAACACUUGGGAUAACCUUAUGAGCGAUUGGCACAAAAAAACACAAAGCACUCUCCGGGUUAAAAGAAGAAGUCCCAUUAUAACUAAGUUACCAACAUUAGAUGAAAUUGAAAAGUUUAUUCAAACCUUCAAACCUGCAUUUGAAUCAUUACAAAAAAGUAUAAAAGAUAUAGUAAAAAAUAAUGCAAUUUUAACGGGACGUUUAAAGGAUGCAAACAGUAUUCUGGAAAAGCUAGAAAAAGACAAUACUAGACUUCAGGAUUUAAAUGAUACUAUUGGUCUGAGACUAACAUGUCAAACAGUAGAUGAAUCUCUUCGAAUUGUGGAUAAAAUAAAAAGCAACACAAAAAAUUUUGAAAUUUUGAAUGAGAAAUGUUAUGGAAUGUGUCCCAAUGCAGGAAAAUACAAAGAAAGUGGAUAUCGAAGAAUCCAUCUUAUUCUUCGCUUAAUACCAGAAAGUAAAAUGGCUGAAUUGCAAGUUGGUACACCUUAUACAAAUUAUUGGUCAGAUUGGAAUCAUGAUUUCAUUUAUAAAGGUCCGCCAGAGAUCAAUAAUAGUAGUGAUGUCAAUCGUUAUUCGUUGGCGUUAGCUGAUUACUUUUUGACAUCAGAUUCCAGCAGAUCGAUUUUACCAUUGUGCCCAACGUUUUUACAAAAUGCAAAUGCAUUGGAUAUUUUAAAAUCAAGUUUACCAUUACCUGAUGCUGAAAAAAUGUUUAAAAAAAUAGGUGAACCACCGAAUGCUUGUUUUUGGUGGUACGAUAUGAAACUUGAGCAAACUGAACAAGAUACUAAACCGACAUCACCAAGUGCAUCCAGUGCAAGUUCGUUGCCUUUUAAUUUAUUUCCGAUAAUUUUUUGCAUUAAGAUAUUAUUCAAAAUGUUUUAGAACUACUUUAACAGAAUUAUAUUUAAUGAGCGUG